AUGGGGCAAAGCAAGACUACGAACAGCUACCUCGAAGGCAUCAAGAGUGCCAUGCAUAAAUAUGAUGCAGAGCUCAAGAAAAUCAAUCAUCUCAUAUGGUCAAAACCUGAGCUUGCUUUCGAAGAGUACGAAGCACAUAACAAUAUUUGUGCUAUGUUCGAAAGCCUCGGUCACGAAGGAUAUAAAGUUAGGCGUAGUGCCUAUGGAUUGGAAACUUCCUUCGAAAUAGAGUAUACUCAUGGCUCUGGAGGUAGGGUUAUAGCAUUUAAUGCAGAAUACGAUGCACUUCCAGGGAUUGGACAUGCGUGUGGCCAUAAUCUGAUAGCAACCAGCGCUAUCGCAGCAUUCCUUUCCACUUGUGAGGCUCUGAAGAUUCUUCACGCAAACGGACCUGGUUUCAUUGUCCGCCUCUUAGGAACCCCUGCCGAAGAGAUGGGGGGCGGAAAGAUCCACAUGAUCAAGAAAGGCGCAUACAAAGAUGUAUUCGCUUGCCUCAUGCUGCACCCUAUGUCCCCUUUGCCCCGAGAUGAUAGAUUUCUCAGCAUUGCAGCGGGGCUCCCAGGAGGUUUCCUUGCUACUGACGACGUUCUUGUCACCUUCGCAGGAAAAGCCGCGCACGCAGCGGCAGCUCCUUGGGAGGGUAUCAAUGCUCUUGACGCAGUUGUGGCUGCGUAUGUCAAUAUCUCUCUUCUUCGUCAGCAGUUGAUGCCUAGCCAAAGAGUUCAUGGAAAGAUAGUCAGUGGAGGUGAUCGACCAAAUAUCAUUCCUAUGUCGACAUCAGUUGAGUAUUGUAUGAGAGCUUCAAGUGUGAAUUCUCUCAAAGAUUUGAGAGCCAAGGUUGCCAACUGUUUCGAGGCCGCUGCAACUGCCACUGGGUGCCAGGUCAAACUUGAGUGGGGAGACAAUCCGUACGCUGAUCUCAAGAUCAAUCGACCCAUAUGCGAAACUUUUGUCGAUACAAUGCAGCAAAUGGGCCACAGCGCAGUUUUCGAUAUGCCUGAGCAAGAAGGCGUAUUGAGUGGGGGUUCAACGGACAUGGGCAACGUUUCUUAUGAGGUACCUGGAUUUCAUGCUAUGUACGUCAUCCCAGCAAAUGGCGUCAACCACACCCAGGACUUUACUAGCGGCGCCGGAUCAUCGGAGGCUUUUGAACGCACAAUUGCGUGUGCCUCGGGGAUCGCUGCGGUGGCAUGUAAAAUACUGGUCGAUGAUGACUUUGCUGAGCAGGUAGAGAGAGACUUCCGGAUGGGUUUGGAAAUAACAGUGAAAAGAUGA